GGGUGCGUGCGCCGACACGAUCAUUGGAGCAAAGGAAAAGUCAUUGGAGUCCAAAAGCCAGAAGAAGAAAGUAAAUGGACCGACCGACAACGAAGAAUUUAAGCAAACAACAGAGAGACAGCUGGGGCGUCAGGUGGUUGACGAUGCACCCCGACAGUGAGACCAGGAAGAUGGCUUCUUACCUCCCAGCUAACCCCUCGCCUGGGACCCAGAAACUGGCCCCAGCAAAAGGACCAGGCUGCAGCUGGCUGGUGGUGGUGGCGGCUGUAGCGGCCUCUCUCAGCGGUCUGAUGCUGGGCUAUGAAAUGGGUCUGACCUCUGGAGUCCUCUUGCAGCUGCGGGGCCUCCUCUCCCUCUCCUGCCGGGAACAAGAACUGCUGGUCAGCUCCCACCUGCUCGGCGCUCUCCUCAUCUGCCUGGCCGGAGGUCCUAUUCUCGAUCGCUACGGCCGCCGCUGGUCGUUGCUUCUGAGCGCCGCCCUGGUAGUCGGAGGAACAGUUGUGCUCAUCGCCCUCACCUCACUUUAUUCACUGACUCUUGGCAGGGUGAUCGUUGGCAUGGGGACAAGUCUGUCAGGGACAGGAGCAUGUCUGUACAUUGCGGAGAUUUCGCCGAGGGAGAGGCGGGGUCUGCUGGUGACGCUGUACGAGCUCAUGCUGGUUGUGGGUGUCAUGCUGGGGUUUAGCUGUAGUUAUGCCUUUGCUACUCUUACUCAGGGCUGGGUGUACACGUUUGGACUUGUAAUCCCUCCCGCACUCCUGCAGUUCAGCGUACUUUUGUUCCUCCCUCCAAGCCCCCGAUUCCUUGUGGCGCAGGGAAAAGUGGAGCAAGCCAGGAAAGUGCUGACCAGAAUGAGGGGUGGGGUUCAGGAGCAUGUGGAAGUGGAACUUAGAGACAUUCAGGUGGGGCUUAAAGAAGAAUCAGACCAUAGUUUCCGGGAGUUGUUCAGUUCUAAGGCUAACUUGCGUUCUCGGCUGCUAACAGGUGUAGCCUUAGUUUUCCUUCAGCAGGCUACAGGUCAGCCCAACAUCCUGUCCUACGCUUCCCCUCUCCUCCGCAGUGUCGGCUACAACAGCGACGCGGCGGCGACAUUAGCAUCCACCGGGUUCGGAGUGGUCAAAGUAGUCGGCACCAUCCCAGCCGUGCUGCUGGUCGACCGUGUGGGACCCAAGAGCUUUUUGUGCGUGGGUGCUGUUGCAAUGGGAAUGUCUUUAGUUGCUCUUGGUAUAUUGACUCUGCAAAGUAACACUCACCUCACCAGCCUGUGUACAAGUCAGACUUUACUAAACCACACACAUUCCCCAUGGGAUUUAAACAGAACCUCGAUAGACCUGGACGAAAGUGACUUUUUCCCCACUGACCUCCCCACCCAAUGGAACAGUGAGGAGGCACAGGGGGCGAGCAGAGAUGUCGACGGGAUUAGCGAGAAAGAAGGAGGAAGGACACAUGUAGAAGUUUCUUCCUCACUGAAAGUGGCGUCUUUGAUCAGCUUGCUGGUGUAUGUAGCAGCCUUCUCCAUAAGCCUCGGCCCAAUGGUGUAUGUGGUUCUCAGCGAGAUCUUUCCGAUGGGAGUGAGAGGCCGUGCUGUGUCUGUGGUGUCGGCAGUAAACUGGGCCACCAACCUGCUCAUCUCCAUGACAUUCCUCACAGUAACAGAAAGGAUCGGCGUGCAUAUUGUCAUGUUCCUCUACGCUGCCAUGAGCUUUGUUCUGCUGGUGUUCGUCAUCCUCUGUAUCCCCGAGACCAAAGGUCGUACGCUGGAGGAGAUAUCUAAAGAACUGGCCAAGAAGAAGCACUUUGAGGUCAAACUGUAUCGGCAGGUUCAGCCGAAGGAAAGCCUGACCAGCAAGAGCAGCGUGUCCAAAGAGAUUCCAGUAAAUGUCUGACCCCUCCAAACACACGACAACUGUACACCUCAGCCCGAUGAGCAGGGAUCAACUAGGACAAUAACUUUAAAGCUGUUAAAAGUGCUCACCUUUAAUUCCUACAAUGAUGCAAGGGUCAGAGCUAAAUACAGCUAAAUACUGCAUGAAUAGGAAAUCAACAGGGAUGGUGAUAUUAUACUUCAAAGAUGGAGUAAUGCAGAAGUAUUUUUGAAUUGGCUCAAGGUCAACAAUGGGGAUGUGAUAUCUGAAUGAAAAAGAAAUAUAUUAUAUAAAGUUCUUUUUAUGCCUAUCUUCCUAACUUAAGAAUACAGAGCCAACAAUGAAAACAGUUACGUUUUCCCUUUACCACGUCAGUCUUAAAGUUUCCAAUUCCAGAAGACAUUGUAUUGACAUUUAUUUGACUAUGACUAUUUAUAUAUCAAUGAAAAUCAAAGACGUGACAAUCACAGAGAUGUAUCACUUCAAAAACUGCAACAGUGUUUGCUUGGUUGCAAAAUAACUUGUCAACCAUUUAAUAUUGUAUAAGCUUCCUCCUGUCAAACACAAACAAGGUUCAAACCAGUCACACCAGUUCAGCUACACUGUGAUCCAAACAUGGACUGUCACUAUGUCCCUGUCUUUAGAAAGGCCCAGUGUCUCCCCCUUCACAUUUUAUGGGAACAUGCAAUCAAGAAAAUAUAAAAUCAUCAGCUGCAGAAUCCUCUACUGAUCCAACCAAAACAGUAACUACUUACUGUAUGCCAGUGUUCCUAGAGGUAACGUUUGGUGGAUAAUACAACGACUGGUACAGUUGUAGUAUCACAAGUGCGAAAGAGAGAGAAUGUGUUUUUGUAUGUCAGUGAUGAUGUAAUUGUACUUUAGUAUUUGAUUAACUUGUGUAAUGUUUAACUGCAAAAAGACUUGACCUGUGUUUUGAUUAAAACUACAAACUUCUUAAUCUGUU